UACCCAGAUCUCGUACUGAUACCCCUCUUCUGUUUUUGUUUAACAAGCUUCUUGUUUUGGCAUUACGAUAAAGAGAGAAAGAAACCAGACACGAAGCAUCUCCUUUGAAUCCAUCUAAUCUCUCCUCUGAUUAAGCAUCAUGGAAGUUGAAGAAGAAAUCAUGGAAGUUGAAGAAGAAAGCGAUUUCUCGGAUAGGGAUUUGACAGGUGAAUCUGAAAGCGAUUUCUCGGAUAUGGAUUUGACAGCACACAAAACAAAAACACCGAAGAGGGGGUUGACCAGGUUACCAAAAAUGCGAACAGCGUUUACAAACUCGGGUGGAAAAAAACACAAAGUUACAUUUGAUGAAUUGGAGAAGUUUUCUGGGGAAUAUAGAUCAGAAUUUUCUAGUUUUUUGGGAGACCUAGUAAGAGAAUAUGUCGGAUUUAGGUUUUUAGCGUGGAAAACAGUGCCAACAGAAGUAAAGGAUAAAUUGUGGGAGGAAAUAAUGCGUUUUUAUGACAUUGAUGCAUGUCGUAGGCGUUUUGUAAUGACUCGGCUUGGUGACCUGCUUCGAAAUUUUAGAAGAAAAGUGUAUGCGGGAUACAUAGUACCUAACUUAGGUAAACCAAAGAAACUUGCACGAAUUCCUAAGAGGUAUCGUUCAAUGGUAGAGCAAACAGACUGGGACAAGUUUGUAACAUAUACAUAAUCAGACGAGUUUAAG